AUGGAUUCCAGCGUGCCUCCCGAACCACCCUCACGGUCGCUGCAGGGCAAAGUAGCUAUUGUGACAGGUGCAGGCUGUCUAGAUGAUGGUAUAGGCAACGGACGCGCUAUCUCAAUUCUCCUAGCCGAUGAUGGCUGCGACGUGCUAUGCGUUGAUCUCAAUUUAGACUGGGCGAACAAAACCGCCGAGAUGAUUACAUCCAAACCCAACCGAGGGCGGGCCGUUCCAUUCCGUGCGGACGUAACCUCGGAAAAGGACUGCGAAUCUGUUGUCCAGGCGGCGGUUGAACAAUUUGGUCGGCUGGAUAUCCUCAUCAACAACGUGGGCACCGGAGGUGCGCCGGGCACGGCUGUCGACGUCGAUAUGGCGCAAUGGGCCAAGAGCAUGGAGAUUAAUGUCGCGAGCAUGGUGCAAAUGAGCAAGUAUGCAAUUCCCAUGAUGACCCGAAAUGAGGGGGAAAUAAAGGGGAGUAUCGUCAAUAUGGGCAGUGUCGCUGGCCUGAAGGGCGGCACUCCGCAUCUGCUAUAUCCCACAUCUAAAGGUGCAGUUGUGAACCUAACGCGGGCCAUGGCCGCGCAUCAUGCUGCGGAGGGGAUUCGAGUCAAUUGCGUCUGCCCAGGGAUGCUUUAUACUCCGAUGAUGUACGGGAAGGGGAUGAGCGAGGAGGCCAGAGAGGCUCGUCGGAAGCGCAGUCUGUUGGGCACCGAGGGCAAUGGAUGGGACUGUGCCGGUGCCGUCGUGUUUCUUGCUGGCCCGCAUGCCCGGUGGAUAACUGGGGUCAUUCUGCCUGUUGAUGCAGGGACAACAGCGGCUGUAGGAAUUGGAAUGACCAAGAGUGCUAGCGUCAACGCUUAG